AGCUAUCUCGUCUCUUUGAAUCUCCUUUUCAUUUCCCUGCACCGAUGACCGAUCCCGUAUAUAAACGAAAACCUUUAAAACCACCGUCUUCAAUUAAACCGACCUUCUCUCUCGCUUUCUGAUUUCUACUCUUGUAGGAAUUCAGGAAAUUCUACUGUACAAAGAGACAAACUAGAACCUGCACGAAACUGAUCACUUCUAAUCCAUUCUUUUUCCUUUUCUUCUGUUUUCCAGCUUUUGAAACCCUAGUUCUCCAAUCAAUGGCGUUGCCUAAUCUUGUUCUCUUAGCAGAGCCUCCGAGUUUCAUUUCUCGAUUCUGAGUUCUGAUCUUUCUUUCCUUUUUUUCUUCUUCCUUCCUUCUAUCAAUCUCUAGCUCUUUCUUUUUUAUUUUUUUUUUCCAUCUUAUUUGAAUUUUCCUAGUUCUUUCGAAAGAUAUAAUGUCGGAGAAAUUCUCUCCAACUCUAAGGAUUGGAGAUCUCAAUGACUAUAUCGCACCGUCACAAGCUUGCAUUGUGUCUCUUAAGGGUCUCAAGGCAAACACGGCGACGAAGGUGGAUAAAACAGAGAACCAAGAGAAGGUUGCUCUUCCAAUCAAAUCAUCACAAACAGAACCAGUUAAAAUUUCAUUGAAGGAUUGCCUAGCAUGCAGUGGCUGCAUAACAUCUGCGGAGACAGUUAUGCUUGAGAAGCAAAGUUUGGAGGAGUUCCUUUCUAAUCUAGAUUCUGGGAAUGCUGUUAUUGUUUCUCUUUCUCCACAAUCAAGGGCUUCUUUAGCUGUUCAUUUUGGUAUUUCUCCAUCCCAGGUUUUCAGGAAGCUCACAACCUUCUUCAAGUCAUUGGGUGUAAAGGCUAUAUUUGAUACAAGCUGCAGUAGAGACUUAUCACUUGUUGAAGCUUGUAAUGAAUUUGUUACAAGAUUCAGACAACAUCAUUCAAGCGAUGUUCAAGGACGAAAUACAUCCCUCCCGAUGCUUUCUUCAGCAUGUCCAGGUAUCUCCUACCUGCUACUAUUUGAUCAGUUGAGUCUGUGGCCCCAACUAGAUGGGAUAGAACUUAAAUGUUCUGAUUAGAUUAUGUUAGUCUUA